GCGCUGAGUCAGGCUGCAGGCCCAGCCGGGGCUGGGUUUGCGCCUGCGCAUUGGGCGGCUUCGGGGGGUGGGGCAGGUUUAUAUCAGCCCGGCAUCAGCUGACGCUCUGCAUUGCAGACGACGGAGUCACGCGGCGCCAUGUACACUCUCUUCCUCCUGGCCGGCCUCCUGGGCCCGGCCCUCGCAGGCCCUGUCCUUGGCCUGAAAGAAUGCAGCAGAGGCUCAGCAGUGUGGUGCCAGAAUGUGAAGACGGCAGCUGACUGUGGGGCAGUGAGGCACUGCCUGCAGACCGUCUGGAACCAGCCAACAGUGAAAUCACUUCCAUGCGAUAUAUGCAAAGAUGUUAUCACAGCAGCUGGCAACAUGCUGAAGGACAAUGCCACCGAGCAGGAGAUCCUUAUGUACUUGGAGAAGACCUGUGACUGGCUUCCUAAGCCGAACAUGUCUGCCUCGUGCAAGGAAAUAGUUGACUCCUACCUCCCUGUAAUCCUGGACAUGAUUAAAGGACAGAUGAGCCGUCCUGGGGAGGUGUGUUCUGCUCUCAACCUCUGUGAGUCUCUUCAGAAGCACUUGGCAGAGCUGAAUCACAAGAAGCAACUCGAGUCUAAUAAGAUCCCAGAACUGGACAUGACUGAGGUGGUGGCUCCCUUCAUGGCCAACAUCCCUCUCCUGCUCUACCCUCAGGAUGGCCCCAACAGCAAGCCCCAGCCAAAGGAUGAUGGGAACGUUUGCCAGGACUGCAUUCAGAUGGUGACUGACAUUCAGAAUGCUGUAAGGACCAAUUCCACCUUUGUAGAGGCCUUGGUGGAGCAUGUCAAGGAGGAGUGUGACCGCCUGGGGCCUGGCAUGUCUGACAUGUGCAAGAAUUAUAUCACCCAGUAUUCUCAAAUUGCUGUCCAAAUGAUGAUGCAUAUGCAGGAUCAGCAACCCCAGGAGAUUUGUAGGCUGGUUGGAUUCUGUGAGGAGGUGAAGAAAAUACCCAUGCAGGCUCUGAUUCCUGCCAAAGUGGCCGAGAACGUCAUCCCUGCUCUGGAACUGGUGGAGCCUGUUAAGGAAGACCUGGUCCAGGUGAAGGUUAAUGUGUACUGUGAGGUGUGUGAAUAUGUGAUAAAGGAGGUGGUCAAGCUGAUUGACAACAACAAGACGGAGGAAGAAAUAAUCCAUGCAUUGGAUAAGGUGUGCUCCAAGUUGCCUAUGUCCUGGUCAGCAGAAUGCCAGGAGGUGGUGGACACAUAUGGCAGCUCCAUCCUGUCCAUUCUCCAGGACACUGGCCCCGAGCUGGUGUGCAGCAUGCUCCACCUCUGCUCUAGCACAGGGGUGCCUGCACUGACUGCACAUGUGACUCAAGUGAAGGAUGGUGGCUUCUGUGAAGUGUGCAAGAAGCUGGUUAACUAUUUGGAUAAAAAUCUGGAGAAAAACAGCACCAAGCAAGAGAUCCUGGCUGCUCUCGAGAAAGGCUGCAGCUUCCUGCCUGACCCUUACGUGAAGCAGUGUGACCAGUUUGUGACUGAGUACGAACCUGUUCUGAUAGAGGUCCUGGUGGAGGUGAUGGACCCUUCCUUUGUGUGCUUGAAAAUUGGAGCCUGCCCCUCAGCCAGGAAGCCCCUUUUGGGAACUGAAAAGUGUGUCUGGGGCCCAAGCUACUGGUGCCAGAAUGCGGAGACAGCGGCCCAGUGCAAUGCUGUUGAGCAUUGCAAACGUCAUGUGUGGAACUAGAAGGAGUAUCUCAUCUUGCAGAAACUGCAGCAUCUUUUCCUACUUGUGUGUCGAAGAGGGAACACACAGAUCUAUUUGACUUUGUUAUGAAACUAGGACCCGCCCCUGCAGCACCCUGCCGCCUCCUUUUAUACCCCCCUUUGUUGCAUUGUUGUCUGUGUGAGAGGUGCUAGCCCCUGCUGACAGUGUCGCUGCUUUGGUGUCCUUUAUUUCUACUCGAUGAUGAUGAUGAUGUAAUGUGCACUGGAGGUCUUCUAGCCUGCCCUUGCUUGGCACCUCCUAGAGGAGGAAAAGGGGCUCUGGAGCUGGCAUGAGCCACGCUUCUUGACAGGAGUCUUGUUCUGAGCCCUGACAGGUACUUGGGCACUAGUGGGCUUGGGUUUCUCAGGCUGCCUCCUACUCUAAAAGAAAGACUUUCUGCCCCUCGUGGGCCUGUAGGCUGCUUUACAAAGCAGCAAAACAAAGGCAUUUUUAU